UUUCCCCCGGAAGGUCCAACCUGCGACUCGCCCGGGGGAACGGCGGCGCCUGGCAUCGUGCCGGUUCAGGCCCGGGAUGGCCCCCCAGCCCCCCGACUCCGUGGAGGAGCUCUCCGCCGCCGGCAACGAAAGCUUCCGCAACGGCCAGUUCGCCGAGGCCUCCGCCUUCUACAGCCGCGCGCUGAAGGUGUUGCAGGCGCAAGGUUCUUCCGACCCUCAAAAAGAAAGCGUCCUCUACUCCAACCGAGCAGCCUGUCACUUGAAGGAUGGAAACUGUACCGACUGUGUCCAAGAUUGUACUUCAGCAUUAGCUUUGGUUCCCUUCAGUCUGAAGCCCCUUUUGCGCCGAGCAUCAGCUUACGAGGCUCUGGAGAAGUACCCCCUGGCCUACGUUGACUACAAGACUGUGCUGCAGGUUGAUAACCGUGUGACCUCCGCCUUGGAUGGUGUCAACAGGAUGAGCAAAACACUCAUGGGUUCCUAUGGGCCUGAGUGGCGCCUAAAGCUACCCAGCAUCCCUUUGGUACCUGUCUCUGCCCAGAAGAGGUGGGAUGCCUUGCCCUCCAAAGAUUCGACAGUUAGAACACAAAGAGUGCCUUCUGCUGGGGAUAUGGAGAGAGCCAGAGUUCUGAAGGAAGAAGGCAAUGAGCUUGUAAAGAAGGGAAACCAUAAGAAAGCUAUUGAGAAGUACAGUGAAAGCCUCUCGUUUAGUAACCUGGAAUCGGCCACGUACAGCAACAGAGCGCUCUGUCAUUUGGUCCUGAAUCAGUACAAAGAAGCAGUGAAGGACUGCUCUGAGGCCCUCAAGCUGGAUGGAAAAAAUGUGAAGGCAUUUUACAGGCGGGCUCAAGCCUACAAAGCACUCAAGGAUUACAGAUCCAGCCUUACAGACCUCAACAGCCUCCUGCAGAUUGAGCCCAUGAAUGGUCCUGCAAAGAAGCUGCAGCAGGAAGUGAAGCAGAAUUUAAACUGAAGACCCACAUGGUAGCGGGAAGCCUCUGCCUCCUUUCUCUGUGCCUGCUCCACGACCCAGCAUGCCUCAGCACCAGCUCACGCACCCUCCUGUGCCCUCAGAGAUCUUUGCACCUUCCAUUAAGCUCCCAUUAAGCUCAGUGUGAACGCAGACAUUGUAGUUGGGUUGUCGAGCCCUCUUCAGCGUCCCUCUGGCUCCCAGUGAAGCAUUGAGCUUGGGUUCUGCCCUCAGCACGCUCCAGAUUCAUCGCUGCCCUUCUUGCUUCAUUAGGCAUGCUGGGUACUAGAAAUUCCUAGCCCCUCGGCCCCCAGAGCAACCUGGUGAGCUGGUUUCACUGGGCUGCUGCCUCCGCACUGCCCAGGCACUGUCCCGGGAACUGAGCCCCAGUGCCUUUCAGCUGGGGCUCUCUUUGCCCCUCCCGAAUGGAGUGCAGAACCUAGAUGUCGGGACCCAGUCUGGCUGUCUGCCAUUGCCUCCUGCAUAGAGGUCUUUAAGCGCUCCCUAGAGCACAGGGGGUGGCUGCUGCUAAAGGCGGGGUGAGAAAGACCUCCUGGAUCCGGAUCCUUCCAGGCAGGGACUGGCCUGAACCCCCAUGCUGGCACCUGCAGGCAACUUUGUUCUUUGGAGCAUGUUUAUUUUAACUUUUUCUUUCUCUCUGUUGAAUGUGUUUAAGUUGUUGCAGUAAAAGACUUUCUUCUACAUAA